AUGUCAACAUUCUUUAUAUAUUUUUUAAUUAUUUCCAAUCUUUUCUCAUCAUCUUCACGCGUUUCUCCUACACUUUUUCCAUUGGUUAAAAUUUUAUCCAGCUCAUUUCCGAAACAUUUUUGGCAUGCGUGCCAAACGCACCCGUUCACUUCAAUUGCCCUAUCUUCUGCUUCUAUAUACCCAUCUACUUUAUAUUUUCCAGCCACUACAUGUUCUCCACCUUCUGAAUGUGCAGUUUUAAUUGGAAUCCCUCUUGUCUCCUCGUACCAUUGUAAAUAUUUUAGGGCAAGCUCACUUUGAUUAUCACAGUUCUCAUAUCCUUUCUCCGGAACAAUUGCCAAGUGUUCAGAUUUCAGAUGGUUAAGUCGAAAAUGUUUCAUACAGGCCGAUGCUAUUGUCAUUGCUUCUUUUAAAAUAUCGAUUCCUUCCGCCGCUGCUCCAGGUUGUGUGUUUUUCUUCUUGCUAAUUUCUGUAAACUUCUUUCUAAAGGCAAUCAGUGCUUCUGUGAGUAUUUGUACAUCGUUUGUGCAGUAUUCGGCCAAAGCUUCAUCCAAGUUAAAUUGAUUAUUUUUUUCUUUUUCAUACCAUUUAUCAAAUUCAUUUUGCUUUUCAGGUGACAUUCCUC